GGGAGCUCUCGAGGUCCCUCUUCCUGUCUCCUGGUGUUCUCUUCAAGCAGCGGAGCUGUUCCAAUUGUUUCCCUUGCCCGCGUUCGCUCGAGUCAAACAUCACUAAACCAUAACAUGACUAUUUAGCGUACCGUCCAUUGCAGGGUCGAACAUCGAACGAUACUUGGGUGCAGAAAGAAGCUCAGACACAAGCUACGUAUAGGUGCUAUCCAUCCCUCAACGCCUGAGGCAAGACACUUCCAGCCAUCGACGCCAUUAUCAUCAUCAUGGAUUACUUCCGUACCAAGCGGUCAAACGCUCAUCAGCCUAUCCAAGAUGAACGCCCUGCCAAACGUAUCUCUACGCCUGCUGGCCAGCGCCUCUCCAUAGUCCUCGAGUCCACGCAUAUACGGAGUAAACCCACGAAGCCAGAGCCGAAGUCGAAGAUCGAAGUCACCACGACUAGCACGUACUGCAAUGAUCCAACGCAUCAACACAUUGGACCUACAUUACAUGUCCACGAACCUCGAAAGCCUGGCUUCCUGUCGGUGAUCACAGGCGGGAGGCUGGGUGACACACCAAGAGAUAGCAUGGAGGAUCAGAGUCACAAUGGAAGUAAUCUUAGUGUCAGUGUAUGGAGUGACCCACAUACACCGAGGAGCGAGAAGUUCAAGCAAUUCAAGGCUGGAGGCAACGGCAGGCGAUGGGGUUGGAAGAAGUUGGCUGUGAUAGGUGCUAUGGUGAUUGCGCUCAUCAUAGCAUUGGCAGUAGGUCUGGCUGUGGGGUUGAAGAAGAAGUCCCUGAGUGGCAGCUCGUCUUCAACACCAACCACAGGCGGCGAUUCCCAAUCCGCGGGCACAGGGACAAGCACAAGCACAGGGACAAGUACAAGCACAGAGACCGAUACGCCGUCCGCCGUCCCAUCGAACUUCCCCCUCGGCGCUUACUCGCUCGUCACCUUCCUCGACACGGUAGCGACGGGUUGCACGAGCAACAACGCAACAUGGACAUGUGCGCCGUACACCGACUACUACUCGGACCCUCAGAAAGCUCUCGCGGUCAUCAAUUGGGAGAUCACUGGCUCCGCAGGGUCAUACAAGAUCUCAUCGAAGGACACCUCCGACUUAUACAUGACUUUCCAGAAUGCCCCGCUAGAUUUGCUAGAUCAGGGCAAGAGUACAGAACGGUACCGUUUCCAGAUCAGUCGAACGAAGACAGUGAACAUGACCGGGACCAUUGGUGACACGAACGGCAACUUUGAGUGCGACUACGGUGCGACAAACCUGCAGGCGUACCUCUACACGAAGAUGCAAAGGACGUACCCUGACGAUACGAUCAGUGUGUCAAAUACACCAAACACUGUCUGGCCAUAUGCCGUACGCGUCGAGCAAGCAGUGGGCGGUGGCGAGAACGUUCCUUCGUGCACAAAGUCAUCCGGCGAGAAGGUCACCUCCGGGAUCAAGGCGCAAGAUGCAGGCAGCCUGUGUUCGUGUUUGUACAAGAACUGGACACCGGAACGAGCAUCGUGAUCCAAAUACAACACUUCCUUUUCCCGUUCGGUGUCCACUUUCUCUCAGCAUCAGCAUCAUUACCGGCGCAUUUUCAUACGAUAUCCACUCUUAUAAGGCCUAUCCAUAUUGUCACUCAUUUCGUUCCCGAUUCCUUGCAGCGUUCAAGCCAGUCUAAAAGCAUUAGAAGCUUACGCGCACCGUGCGCUUUAGCUUAGUAUAUUCAUCAUACCUAAUAUCAAAACCCUGAG